UAGAUGUUUGUUUUUUACAUCAUCGAUUGACGAGAGCAACUUCAUUUUUCUCUUCUUGUCACAUUCGAUUUUUAGCUUGUCAAUCGUUUAGCGCCCUUUUUUUUCAUUUCAAUCAAACAUUUCAUCAUCAUCGUCGAAAUCAUGUCAAGCAAAAAGAAACCACAACAAAAAGCAUCCGAAGGUUCGGAUGAUGAAUCUACAAAUACUUUAAAACUGAGCAACAAUCGUUAUUUAACUGUUUCGGAAUUUAAGAAUAAAGUACGUGUUGAUAUACGGGAAUUUUAUUUGAAUGAAGAUGGUGAACGAAAACCAGGGAAAAAAGGUAUCAGUUUAUCAAUGGAUGAAUGGAAAAAAAUUGUUGAAAAUAUGGAUAAAAUAAAAAAAAUGAUUAAAGAUCAAGGUGAUUCGGAUUCGGAAUAAAAUCAUUGCAAUCAAUCGAUCAUUCGAAACAAAAUGUUUAUAAUCAUUGUCACUCAAAGAAACAAAAGAAAAAUCAUUAAAAUGUGAAUCAAUAAAAUUUUCAUUAUUUUUUUUUCUUCGUUAA